AUGGGGGACGACGAUAACCAGUUUUCCCUCCCUGCUGCCUUUUACGUGCUUCUGGGGGGCGCGGACAAGGCGGGAUUCGGGGAGCGACAGACGGGGAACGGCUGGGGGGGAGACUUCGGGACUUCGACGUUCGACGCCAUGGCCCAGGUUGCGGAUCUCCUACAGUCGCUGAAAGGGGCUCUGCAUCCCGAGGAGUGGCGCAAGUUCCAGAUUAUUGAUCGCACCAGCAUCACCCACAACGUCCUCAAGUUCCGCCUCUCGCUCCAAUCGCCAGACACGGUGCUGGGCCUUCCCAUCGGUCAACACGUCGUCAUACAGGGGAAGGACGAGAACGGGGAGGAGUUUACACGGAAAUACACGCCAACAACGCUCGACUCCGAUGUCGGAUGUGUCGAUAUCGUCAUCAAGAUCUACCCCAAUGGCGCCAUGUCUCAGUACCUCAACAAAAUUGAAGUCGGCAACUACGUCGCCAUGCGAGGGCCCAAGGGUAAAUUCAAGUACAGCCCCAACAUGUGCCGUGCGAUUGGCAUGAUUGCAGGAGGCACUGGUGUCACUCCCAUGUUUCAGGUUGCACGAGCCAUUCUGGAAAAUCCUGAGGACCGCACCAGCAUCUCUCUUAUCUUUGCCAACGUCACAGCUAAUGAUAUCCUGUUCAAGGACGAGCUAGAGGCGCUGCGUAAGUCAGCGCCUGACCGGUUCUCCAUCUACUAUGUACUUAACGAGCCACCGGAAGGGUGGACUGGAGGAGUGGGCUUUGUAACUCCCGCCAUGAUCCAACAGCACAUCCCUGCACCCGCUCCCGAUGUCAUGGUGCUGCGCUGUGGCCCCAAGCCAAUGAACCAGGCCAUAGCUGCCGCUUUGGAGGAGCUGGGCUACUCAAGUGACUCACUCUUCAAGUUCUAG